GAAAUUUCUUCCUCAAUUCCACUAACUUUCAUUCAUUGUUUUGCCUUAACAUGCACUAUAAAUUAAUUCCUUCAAUUUCUUUUAUAUCAAACCUUUAGGAUCCAAUUUAACAACAAAACAAGAAGAGAGAUUAAUAGAGGAAAAUUUAUUGUUUAUUUUUUUUUGUAAGUGUAAGUGAUUCAAAUAUGGAUGCAGCUUCUGGUGGCGGUUUCAAAACCGUUACCUCUCCGGUUCCUUACCUCUUUGGUGGCAUAGCUUUCAUGCUUGCAAUUGCAACAUUUGCAUUAAUUAUUCUAGCUUGUUGUUCUUGUCAUGAAAAUACACCAUCUACCACUUUAGCAAAUGAAGAGAAAUCAAUGAAGAAUGUGGAAAUGGUGGUGGAUUUAGAGCCUAAGAUUGUUGUCAUUAUGGCUGGAGAUAGUAACCCUACUUACUUGGCUAAACCUGUUUCAUCAUCAUGCCAUACUGAAGAAACAGUUUAGACGUAAGCAUCGCUUUGAAUUGUGAUUGUGUCGCGGUUGUGGAAGAUGUUGCUGAUUCUUUCAAACCUACGAUUGUGAUUGUUAUGGAAAAUUCAAACCAUGGAAGUAUGUCAUGACUGGAAUCAUCAGCAUAAUGGAGGGAAAAAGAAGAAAGAAAAAAAGACCUACAAUUGCUUCUUGUCCAUUGAUGCCUAUAUGUACUAUGUAUUUAAACUCAUGCUGAUUGUAAGAGAUGUGAAAUCUUAGAGUAGAAAUGAUAUGAAGUAUAUAUGAUUGUUUUAGAUUUUAUAGGGAUGAUUUUGAUUUUUGAAAGAAUUUAUUUUGUAUAUAAUUGACAAUUAUUUCAUCUGAGUAAAAUUAUUAAA